CUUGCUGUCGUGCUGCUCCAGCUCCUCUUUGCUCCACGUACGGCACGCUUCGUUGAAGGAAUCGAGUGGAAGAAAGGGGGAGAGGGAGAUGGCGGCGGUUGCGGAGCAGGGGAUGUCGCCGUACGAGGCGGCGCGGGAGCGGACGGUGCAGGAGAACAAGCGCAAGAUGGAGGCGCUCAACCUGCGUCACCUCUCCGCCGCCAUCAAGGAGGCGCCCAAGACCCCCUCCCCCAUGAAGCAGAAGAGGCGCAGGAUCAUCGAGGAGGCAGUCGUGGCUCCCUCGCCACCCAGGAGGUCCCGGCGGCUGGCUAACCUCCCUGAGGUCAAGUAUGCAGAGAUAGCGCCACAUAAUGCAGAGAGAAUGACAAGGUCUCCUUGGAAACCAACUAACAGGAUCUACUCGGCAAGGCCUGGAUCAAUUUCCAUGAAAGCUAGGUUGGAGGCAGCAAGAAAAGCUGAGGAGUUGGAAUCAGAACUUGACCCUUCAUUCCCAUCUUUUGUGAAAGCAAUGUUGCACUCACAUGUGGUGCGAGGAUUUUGGCUGGGUCUCCCUAGCCAUUUCUGUGACACCUACAUGCCAAAACAAGAUGCCAUUGUCACUCUGGUGGAUGAGAAAGAUGAAGAAUUUGACACCAACUACCUUGCCUACAAGAAGGGGCUAAGCGGUGGCUGGGCUGGUUUCGCUUUAUGCCAUGGAUUGCAGGAUGGAGAUGCAACAGUUUUUCAGUUGAUCAAGCCUACAACCUUCAAGGUGCAUAUAAUCCGAGCAACUUCUGAUGAUGACGAUGAGGUAACUGAGUGACUGCACCACGCUACAGCUCUACUACUAACUUAUCAAGAACGGAAAGGAGGAUUUUGGGUGUGCUUUGGGCUUUAUUUGUCAGGACUGGCUGUCUAGCUGUUAAUUGUUAUGUACUAUGUAUUUAUGUCUAUCGGUAUUACUAAUGAGAUUCCAGAGCUGCAGAAAUCAAAACUUCAAAAAUUCG